AUGGCUUUCAUCCACUGCGGCUCGGAAGAGUGUGUCAAGUCUGAACUGGACCUGUUCCAGAUAGCCCCAACCCAGACCAGCAUCGAGAAAAGUGUGUACAUCGAGGUCCCACCCCUUUCGGCCCUUACAGGAUCGGCGCCUCUAGAGUUUUUCAUAGCAGGGAAUGGGGAAGAUUACCUUGAUUUAAAUAAUACCCUCUUGUACGUGAAAUGUAAAAUUACUCAAGAAGAUGGUACAGACAUCGCUCAGAAUGCUAGAGUGGAGUUGGUGAACUACCCGAUCGCAUCCAUUUUCAGCCAACUGGAUGUUACCCUAGGUGAUCGGCUCAUCAGCCAGAGCAACAACUGCUAUCCCUACAGGGCGCUCAUCGAGACGAUGCUCAACUACAGCUUUGAAACCCUAUCUCUCCAAUUUUCUUCAGGGGGCUUUUAUAAAGAUACGGCCGGUCAGAUGGACACCACCCUGGUGAACCCCGGGAACAAAGGAUUUGUCAAGAGGGCGUUGCUGACCGCUGAGAGCAAAACGUUAGACCUUUUAGGUCACCUCCACGCCGACAUAUUUUUUCAAGAAAAAUUGCUCUUAAACGGGGUGGAUGUCAAAAUCAAACUGACCCGUAACAAAGACUCUUUCUGCUUGAUGAGUGGCGAGGGGGUCGCUGUGCGCUUUAAGCUCCACAUAGAUUCUGCCUCGCUCUUUGUGAAAAAGAUGAAAGUAGCCCCGGGCAUUCGUCUGGCCCACGCUGAAGCCCUGCUGACAUCGACGGCGAAAUACCCCGUGGAUCGUGUCAACAUGAAGGUGUUCAGCAUCCCUACCGGUGCCCGCGUGAGCAACCAAGACAACCUGUUUUUGGGCCAGCUCCCCAAAAUGGUCGUCAUGGGGUUGGUGGAUAACGACGCUUUCAGCGGCAGCUUCACCAAAAACCCUUUUCACUUCCAGCAUUACAUUAACUUUGUAGCCCUGUACGUGGACGGGGAGCAGGUCCCGUCCAAGCCCUUCCAGCCCGACUUUGAAGCGGAAAACAACGUGAGAGAAUAUAUGAGCCUCGUGCAAACGGCAGGGAAGCACCUUCAGGACCCCUCCUGGUAG